AUGACGUGCAGCCAAAUUUGGCACUACAAAUGGGAAAACGGAACCAAACGACCGGCCCCGCGAGGUGGCCGUGACAUUCAAAGCAGAGCAGCUGAUGGAGGCGGCGGAGUGAAGGCUGCAGGAAAGCGUAAGCGUCGGCGUCUGAUGAAAGAGAGCAAUAGCGAAGAUGAAGAGGAUGCAGAGGGUCAGAUCGAAGGUGAACUGGACGAGGAAGAUCUGGAAGAAGAAUGA